AUGGAGGCGACCAAGAAGUCCCUCCGCACCGACGAGAAUGGUUCUGCGGAUCCUGACGGCACCGUCAUCACCAACGGCGACCACGACUACCUCGACAACUCCGAGAACCGACCAUACCCUGUUCUGCCGGACGAUGGAUAUCCGCAGAGCUACGAGUUUGGAGCCUGGAGGGCCGGAGGCAUCCGCUUCGCCCCGUUGCGCAUGCCCUUCCCUCGCCGGCUUCAGACCGCCGCCGUCUUCUUCCACUGCAUGACCAUCGUCGUCCUGAUAUCCAUGUUCUGGUUCACCUGUGCCAACCCUCUGACCUGGCCCCUCCUGGUGCCCUACCUGGUGCAUCUGAGCGUGUCCAACGCGGCGACGAACGGCAAGCUCAGCUACCGGUCAGAGUACCUGCGGUCCCUGCCCCUCUGGAGGUUCUUUGCGUCGUACUUCCCUAUGAGGCUGCACAAGACGCACAAUCUCCCGCCGGACAGGCGGUACAUCUUUGGCUAUCAUCCACACGGCAUCAUCUCCCACGGCGCCUGGAGCGCCUUCGGCACCAAUGCCCUCGGCUUCGCUGAGAAGUUCCCCGGCAUCACCAAUACUCUCUUGACGCUCGAGUCCAAUUUUCGGCUGCCCUUUUACCGCGACUAUAUCCUGGCCAUGGGCAUGGCCUCGGUGUCGAAGGAGUCCAUCCGGAAUACUUUGACGCGGGGAGGCCCCAAUAAUGACGGGAGAGGCCGUGCUGUGACCAUUGUCAUUGGCGGAGCCCGGGAGUCUCUGGAGGCUGAGCCAGGCACUAUGCGGCUCAUCCUCAAGGGCCGCAAGGGCUUUGUCAAGAUGGCGCUGCGCACAGGAGCCGAUCUGGUGCCCGUCCUCGCAUUUGGCGAAAACGACUUGUACGAUCAGCUCAGCCCGAAGACGCACCCGAUGGUCCACAAGUUCCAAAUGUUCGUCCUCAAGGUGUUCAAGUUUACGCUCCCUGCGCUGCAUGGCCGAGGCAUCCUCAACUACGACGUCGGCCUGAUGCCCUAUCGCCGGCCCGUCAAUGUUGUGGUAGGGAAACCCAUUCGCAUCGACACGGAGCCCUGCGAGCAACCGGCCCAAGAGGAUGUUGAUCGGUACCACGACCUGUACAUGGAGGAGAUUGAAAAGAUAUGGGAGGCGUACAAGGAUCAGUUUGCCAAGGGUCGGACGUCUGAGCUUGUGAUUUCCGCAUGA